AUGUUCGUAGGUGAAGAAUUCGCUUUUGCCGAAAAACUACGACAUCGAGAACAAGUUCACAGUUCAUAUGGGUUUCAAUCUUCACGCACACAGCUGCAGUUCAGUCUUGUGUCACCUAGCAACAGCCAUGAGUGGGUUUGUAAACAAGUUUCGAAAUUUUCACAUCGAGCUUCAAACCCAGAACUCGCUGUUUUAGUUUAUGAGGGAAAGUUCGGUAAAAAUGGCUUUGGUUAUCAUAUAAUCCGUUAGCACCUUUCACAACCGUGUUCGUCUAUUCCUUAAUUCAAGUCGCCAAUUCACAAGGAAUUUUCACCACCCACUGACUUCCAGCACCAGUAGCAGUGAAAUUAAAAUAUAGGGACGGAACUUAAAUGCCAACUUUCGUUUUGUACCUUGGCAACUCAUCUAACACCCUAGCAUCGAAAAUACCACUCAACGACCUUAAUGAUGAUUAAUCCCCAUUCCGUUAGGGAACUACAUGCACAGAUUAUCAGUUGCAGGCAUGUUCUUGCGCACAGAACAACAAGACGACAUUUCAUUUUUUAAUAUUUGAUCUUGAAGGGCACGUCCUUGACUCGCCUUUCAGUGAAUGUGCGUUUUGACGAAGCUUGUUACAACGCGCUAGUUCCGUUUAUUACCUGGGGCUGCACGUAUAGUUUCCAUGCAGCUGGUGUUUAG